CAGGAUCAGACCCAGGAUCAGGGACAGGACGUGUUCUCGUGCUCUGGACUUUGAACUGAAGCAGCUUUUAAAAGCCACAUGUGUGAAACCAGCUGUGUCUUCAUCGCUGAGGAGGAGGAAGAAACCACUGGACUCAAACCAGUGGACCCUCACGUGAUCCUACCAGAACAGGUGAGCGUCAUCAGGUAUGUGCGCGUGAGGAAGCAGCAGCAGCAGCAGCAGCGGAGCCAUGGAGACGGAAGCUGGAUGUUUACAAGCUCCGUGUUGGGUUUGAUUCGAGUCGAACCGGUUCAACCACAGGCUGCGAGCUGGUCCAGCACACCGAGAUGUUCCCCUGCUGCUGGUCACCUGCUCGGACACACUCCUGAGGCGAGAUUGAGUGGGACUCAUCAGACGACAGACUGAGCAUCAAUGGACGACCUCCCUACCUCGUCCGAUUCUUCCGAGUUUAAGUCUUCUACCGCCGGCAUCUCAGAAAAUGAAUUCUCGUGUCACUGUUGCUACGACAUCUUAGUGAACCCCACAACUUUGACCUGCGGCCACAACUUCUGCCGCCACUGUCUGGCUCUGUGGUGGGAAUCCGCGCACAAGAACGAGUGUCCAGAAUGCCGGGAGAAGUGGGAAGGCUUUCCUAAAGUCAACAUACUGCUACGGGAUGCAACUGACAAGCUGUUCAGCGAAGUCGUUCAGCAGAGGAAAUCUACGAUCCAGGCCAACCCCCAAAUCUCCCGGAGCCUGUUGGCCUUCCAGAGAUAUGGGGACAACUUGGGUAGAUCCCGGACAAACCAGCACAAAGGAGCAGGCUUCUUCUUCUCUGGUGUCUUAACUGCGCUCACAUGUGUGGCUGUGAUGGUGAUGGUGUAUCACUGGAGCAGUAGUGGGGUGGAGCAGCACACCAUGCUGAUCAGUAAGCCUGUGUCCCACUGGACGUCAGAGGAAGUGGUUUCCUGGCUGGAACAUCUGGGGCCCUGGGCGCAGCUCUACAGAGAUCCCUUCCUACAGGAAAGUGUCAAUGGAAGGCUGCUGUUGAUGCUCGAUGAUGAGGAGUUGUUGAAGCCGCCGUACAGCAUCGAGAGUCAGGCUCACCGACGAGCCAUUUUGGCCGAACUGGACAGAGUUAAAGCUCUGGGAGUCAAACCUCCUCAGAACCUGUGGGAAUACAAAGCGGCUAACGCUGGGAAGUCUCUGUUCUUGCUCUACGCCCUGAAGAGCUCCCCUCGUCUCACACUCUUCUACUUGUAUCUGUUCGACUACACGGAAACCUUCCUGCCCGUCCUGCACACCUGCUGUCCGGCCGUCUCACACAGUGACCAAUCACUGGAGAGCAGCUUCUACAAGACACAGCUGGAGCCCAACUGGCAGCAGUGGGCGGAGUUUCUGGUGAAGUACCUCCUGCUUCCAUACCAGCUAAUAGCUGAGUUUGCUUGGGACUGGUUGGCCGUCCACUACUGGACAUCUCGCUUCAUCAUCGUGAACGCCGCGCUCAUGUCUGUGCUGGAAGGCUGUGCCCUGUGGAGACUCUGCACGACAGCCGGGAUCAGGUUUCUGCCACAGAUGAUGUGGAGCCACACGUGGACGAUGUUAUCUCAGGGGUUUGUCUUUGCCGUCCUGUGGCCUUUAGUCCCUCAGUUUGUGUGCAACUGCUUCUUCUACUGGGCGCUCUACUUCAGUCCCAUCGUCAACAUAGACCUGGUGGUGCAGCAGCUGAUGCAUCCAGAAACACAGGUGCCGUAACAAAGCUGCAUGUAGUCAGCGCCCUGUCAGUGCCACACAGUUCAAAGCAAAUAAAGUGAAUAGUCAGAAAGCCAGUUGCUGAAAAGUGUUUAUGUUCAGCGUUGAAGUCACAAGACUGACUUGCGGUUGGAAAGGAAAUUUUCUCGCUUCCUGGCUCAUCUCUGCUGGACGGCUGCCAUGUGGAACAAGAGAGGCUUUGAGCCACUGUGGGGAAAGUAAAACCAACACGGUAACUGUGAAAUAUCUGUGAUCGUAUUGAUUUGGAGAGAUGACUGCAGUGGACUCAUUCACAAACCACAUUGCCUAAAUGGUUCAGGGGGCAUUUAUGCAAAUGAUGGGUUGGAGCAUUGGUGGCAAUGAAGACUGGUGCAGUGACUCUCCUGUAGAGUCACGUAGGCAUCGUGGAAUGUUCUCGGCCCGUAGUUUUUACAGAGAAAAUUAUGAUAUUAUGUCCCAAGUUUGUCCUUUUGGGUGAAGUUAUUGCAAAAAUUUAAUUUACAUUGAAUUAAUGUCUUUGUUAGAUUAAGCUACGGUAAGAACCGUGUGCUCCCCACCACCGACUGCUCAAAACUGAACUAACUGACUAAUAUACACCUGGUGCUCCACUGAAGUAACCUACAUAUCACCUAGUGGUCAAAACAAUACAUUACAUAAUGGCUCCUUCAACUGGCCUCAUAUGUCAGUCGAUAGCUCUCUAGCACUGUCGUCCAGUAAAACCUUUUAUUCCUAUACAGACCUGCGUACUGUCAGUGGAACAAAACAAGUAUAAAUACAUUUGUUUAAGUUCUAAUCUAAUCCACAGUCACUGAAAUGAACAAAUGCUGCUUCAUAAGUAUCAGUUUGAUUUAUGCUGUAUUAUAAGUGCAUUCUGCAGAUAUUUCAGUCCGUCUCUGAGGGUCAAUGGCUGCGACAGUGACUUGUUGAGGUUUGUGGUUCUGCAGCCUUCUGGGAACCUCAAGCUUUACUGUCCUUUCAAAAGAAAUGCAGUCAGGACAAACAAAUGUUCAACGUUGAAGUUUAUUCCAGAAGUUCCUUUUCAUAUAUGGUUUGUGGCACUUAGAUUUAAAAGAAAACUUAUUAUCUUAAAUUCUUUAUUGAGAUGCCGAUACAGAUCUUUUUUUCAGUUUUAAUGAUUUUUUUAAGGAGACAUGGUUUGAAGCAGAUUUAAUUUGUACUGCUGACAAAGAUUAAGUAGCACUUUUUCUUUUUAGCGUUCAAAAGAGUUUUGUUUGCAGUAUACAAUUCCAUGUGGUGUGGGGGGGUAGAACUAAUCAAAGACAUCUUUGUUAUUAUUUUUUACAUUGUUCAUUUGCACUUAAAGGUUCUACACUGUGAUUCUGUUCUUAAAUGUUUUCUGUUGACAAAGGAGAAAUAAAGACUUUUAAAUGUUA